CUCCGCCGGAGUCUUCGCGUUUAAACUGUCCUACUAGUCUUGUGUGAAAUAAAUCUCACAAUAGCUAUGAUAACAUUUGUCAUCAGUACAUGAAAUAAUGAAAUACAUGCGUUUUUCCCAUAUUUCUAUGACGAUUUUACAAUAUUUUCUUUUCCAGAGCUAAUUAUGUGCCAUAUGAAGUUUAUGACUAAAGACGCUCGUCACUGUUGUUUGGCCGCCAUGUCUGAUAUUCUUCUGAAGCUUAGCUUAUUGAGUUCGUGUAGUGCUAUAUCUUGUUGGGAAUAAAAGACAGUGAAUUUCGUUGUGAUAAAGCAGCAGAUAUAUAGGAAUAUCUUAAAACUAUAUACUCGGAAUGUGUGUGGAGUGUGUCUGGAAUUAGAGCAAAUCGAUAUAAUUUGCUUUUGCAGAAGUCUUCAACAUCGUAUUUUUAGUUCAUCCGCCAUAUUGGCGUUAAUAUCUCUUCAUUGAGCUGACACCAUUUAAAUACACUACUAUUUGGAGAAAUCUAAGUAUUGGAGGAACAUCAGCAGGCACUACUGUUUUGUGCCAGGUAUGAUUUAAUUUUAUUGAUUAAUGGGAUGACCUGCCUCCUGGUGCUGUAGCACCACAUUUAAUUUAUUUUGAUAGAAUGGUUUUACGUUACUGGAGGAAAUAGCUAAUGCCUCUAAGUCAGAGAUUGGAGGAGCCUCUAGUUGCAAUUGAGAUAGCAGAUUCCAGCACAAUGCAGCAGGCUGUAGAUCCACUGGCGACGACGAGCACUCCGACUGCGGAACCAAUCAAUGGCGCUCCGCCUGACGAGCCUGCGCGCAGGCAGGGAAGGAUAACUAAUCAACUACAAUUCCUGCAGAAAAAUGUUAUGAAGGCAGUAUGGAAACAUCAAUUUGCUUGGCCUUUUCAUCAGCCGGUGGACGCCAAGGAAUUAAAUCUGCCGGAUUACCACAAAAUCAUCAAGAAGCCUAUGGACUUGGGUACCAUCAAAAAGCGGCUCGAGUCAAAUUAUUACUAUUCUGCUCAAGAAUGUAUCCAAGACUUCAAUACAAUGUUCACGAACUGCUACGUCUACAACAAACCUGGCGAGGACGUAGUGGUCAUGGCGCAAACCCUAGAGAAACUGUUUCUGAAUCGAAUAGCUCAAAUGGAUAAAGAGGAAAAGGAAAUAGAAGUCCUGUCUAAAGGUGGGAAAGGCGGCGUGAAGAAGCGAACGACUGGCGGGAGCAGCGGCGGCAGCGGGAGCGCGAGCGGUGGCGGCGGCGGCGGCGGUGGCGGCGGCGGCGGGGCACGCGGGGCCGCCGUCAAGACUAUGCCGGCGCCGCCGCACCCCGCGCUCGUGGGCUCCACCAACACCACCACCACGCCCGCGCUCACGCUCGCCACGCCCUCCGUCACGCCGCCCGCCACGCACACCGGUCUGCCGCAACAGGUGGCCACGCAACAGUCAAGUUUUCACGUAGCGCAGGCGGCUGCCACGCCCGUUUCGACUAUAUCGUCGGUUGCCCUCUCGCAAACUCAACCGGCUAAGGUUAAAAAGGGCGUUAAGAGAAAGGCUGACACCACUACACCUAUGGGAAGUUCCUUUGAAGGAGGAUACACUACUCCAACCAUAGAUCAGCAAAGUGGUGCUAAACCCGCCAAAAUAUCCACCAGAAGAGAGAGUGGACGCCAGAAAAAGGCCGGCAGGACAGGCGAAGACUCGUUCAAGAUGGGCGCGCUGUCGCCCGGCGUCGGCGGCCCGGGCGCCUCUCACCACGCCGCGCUGACCCCGCAACUCGCAAAGGGCAAAGAAAAACUAUCUGACGCUCUCAAAAGUUGCAAUGAAAUACUAAAAGAACUCUUCUCUAAAAAGCAUUCGGGCUAUGCCUGGCCAUUUUACAAACCUGUGGAUGCCGAAUUACUUGGACUCCAUGACUAUUUUGAUAUAAUUAAGAAGCCUAUGGAUCUCGGGACCGUGAAACAGAAGAUGGACAACAGAGCGUAUAAAACUGCUGCCGAAUUCGCAGCUGAUGUGCGUUUAAUAUUCACAAACUGUUACAAGUACAACCCUCCAGACCACGAUGUUGUAGCGAUGGCGAGAAAAUUACAAGAUGUCUUCGAAAUGAGAUAUGCUAAGAUUCCUGAUGAGCCCAUACACGUGGGAGUUCCUCACAUGGAUAAAGGAAGCUCCGCAUCCAGUUCCGAGUCUGGCUCGGAAUCAGACUCUGAUUCAGAUGACUCUGAAGAAGAGAGGAACAAUAAAGUGAAGCUUCUAGAGAAAGAGUUGCUCGCAUUGCAGGAGAAAAUGAGAAAGUUAGUCGAAGAGUCCAAUACCAAGAAAAAAGCGAAAAAGAAGGUUAAAGAUAAAUCAUCAAAGAAACAAAUGGUCAACAGUGCAAUGCCGAAGACGAAUGCAGUAGGGGGCUAUGGCGCUAAGGCUAACAAUAUUGCAGAGAAUAUAGUUGGUGUAACAGGAACAGGGAGCGCACGCGGUAAAGGCGGCAGCAAGCGCGGAGGCGGCGGCGGCGGCGGCAAGGGCGGCUCGCGGGCCUCCGCGCCGGGCAAGAAGAAGAACUCCGCGCCCAGCACCGCGCCCGCCGCGCACGCGCCGCCGCACGCCGACACCGACGACGAGGACGUCGCCAAGCCCAUGUCCUACGACGAGAAGCGGCAGCUCUCGCUCGAUAUCAACAAGCUGCCCGGCGAUAAACUGGGCAAAGUGGUGCACAUAAUACAGAGCCGGGAGCCAUCGCUACGCGACUCUAACCCUGACGAGAUCGAGAUAGAUUUCGAGACCCUCAAGCCAUCCACGCUUCGAGAACUCGAGAAUUAUGUAGCCUCUUGUCUUCGAAAAAAGACACGUAAGCCGCAUUAUCGUAAAGUGUCCGGUAAAUCUAAAGAUGAACAAAUGGCAGAGAAGAAACAGGAGUUAGAAAAACGACUGCAAGAUGUGUCUGGACAAUUAGGAACUACUAAGAAGCAACAAGUGAAAAAAGAAGGCUCAAAGGAAGCACUGGCGGGCGGCGGCGGCGGCAUGUCCUCCUCGUCCAGCUCGUCGGACUCGUCCAACUCGUCCUCCAGCACCGACACCAGCUCUUCCGACACCAGCGACAGCGAAGCAGGUGCCGGCGCGAAACCGCCCAAGAAAAAGACGAAGAAGCAACCCCACCCUGCGCUGCCUGCGAAAAUCGUUCCACCGGUGCCGUCGGCCGGUAGUUGUUUGCCCGGGGCGGCGGCAGGCGCGGGCGCGGGCGACCCCGAGGCCAAGCCCCUCGCGGAAGUGAAGCCUCCCGCGGAGGUGAAGCUGCCCCCCGUCGCGGACGUCAAGGAGCCGCCCGCGCGCGCCGUCCCGCCCGCCGCCGCGCCGCCCGCCGCCCCUGACUCCUCCCACUCCUCCCACCCGUCACUCGCGCCGCACGCCUCGCACGCGUCGCACACGUCGCACCCGACCCUCGCGGCGCCCGUGCGCGACUCCGUCGACCAGAAACCGCCCAUCAAAGCCGAGCCCCGCAACGGUCUCGACAAAGCCGAUUCCUCGCACUACAUAGAUCCAAUAGAGCGCACCCUCGCCAAUCUCGAACGCACCCUCAAGGCCGACGUUCCCAUGGACGUCAGCGUCAGCGCUUCCGAAUCAUCCAUGCGUCUCGAGAACUUCGCCCUGCCCAAGCCGCAAAUGUUGAGCGACUCGACACACCAAAAUUUAAUGGCGCACCUCGGCGGACUCGCCGACAUGUCACACGUUCCUGACCAGAUCAAGUCGGAAAUGUACCCACCGCACAACGGCUUCAUCGAUAAGUGUAUGCCGCAAGAGCGCGAGAUGGUCCGGGGCGACAUGAACCCGGGCAUGGGCGGGCUGACGGGCGUGCCGCCGGUGCCGUCCAUCUUCGACCCGGCGCCGGCCGCGCCGCUGUCGGUGAUCGCGCAGGCGCACCACGCGCCGCUCGCCGCGCCUCUCAAGAAGGAGGAUGUCAAACCGCUGCUCACGCCCAAACCUAUAGAGGACCUAAUCGGGGUCCCGCCCAUGGUCCCUAAUAACAUGGAUAGAAACAAAUACGAAAUAGAUAAGAAAAUGGAGGAAUCUAAAAACAACUUUGCUCAAGCUUUUAAGUUAAAACAGGAGCAAAACUUGAGGAAUGCGAGCUCGUGGUCUUCCUUGGCUCAAGCUGGAAGCCCGCAGAGCGUUCCUAAUGUGAGCUCUAACAACCAAAUAAAGCAGAAGCCCGUCAUGGAUACUUUCCAAGAAUUCAAGAAGCAAGCCAGGGAGAAAAUGAACCGGCAGAGAGCUCUGAUCGAGCAGCAGGAGCUGCGGAGGAAGGAGCAGGAGAGACAGCGCCAGGAGACGGAGCGGAGACUUCCCGACGACGAUAAGAUGAGGGCACUCGGCGGUGUCCGCAAAGCGGAGUCUGGGGACGUGGCGUCGCCGAGCGUGUCGCCCGUGGCGCGCGCGUCGCCGCCCGCCGCGGCCGCCGCCGGCGCCGCCGCCUCCGCGGGCGACAAGCCCGCCGCCUCCGAGCGCGAGCGCCUGCGCCAGCGCGAGCAGGAGAGACGUCGUCGGGAAGCGAUGGCUGGUCAAAUUGACAUGAACAUGCAGAGCGACCUAAUGGCUGCAUUUGAAGAAUCUUUGUAAUAAUGGUUAGAUUACCCUAAUUCUACAAAGUAAACUCGUUACGUGUACGCACUUCAACGUACAAACUGCCAUCGGACGACCUUUAACGAUUCUUCUUCUGCUGCGGUUGCUGACGUUUUGAUCGCUAUACAUAACUUUGUAAAUAUAAUUAAUUACGUAUAGGGUCGCAAAAUCAAUUGCCAACCCCUGUUGGUCAAUUCAAUUUUAUAAGCUGACAAUAUCGGCCGACCUCCUAAAACGAUUUUGAUUUAUACAAUCGUAGUGUCGGCUGCGCAACGUCCGUACUGACCAUUUUUAAUCAUAAUCAGUGUGUGCGGUGAAAUGUGACUCCAAGUGAAAUAGUGAUUUGUGCGUGGAACCAUUGACUAACAUGUGUAUAAGAGCUGUGAAUAGGAUACUUAUAUUAAAUUAAACUGUUGUACCAUCAAUUUAGAUUUCGUGUUCGCGAGUUAAGGGCCUCCCUUAGGAGGUUGCAUUUUAAAAUUAUGUGUAAUAUAUAAGUUAAUUGUAAGUUCUUAAAGUAAACUCUCUUUACAUUUAUAAGCCAACUGUUACGAGGUUCGGGUUAAGGGUUGAAAUGGAAAGCUGUUCUUCCCGGAACUCUUUUUGAAGAAGUCUGAUGUGCGCGGUACAGAUAUGGCUCCGCCUCGUUUGCCGCGGCAGUGUGAAGAGCGCCUUGCUAUCCGUCCAUGCUUUUCACGGCCUACGCCACUAGUCACAUUUUUCAUCGACUUACCAUCUGUAACCCUUAGCUCAACAUUUGCCGCUUACAUACCUUAUAUAAAUUAUAUAUGCCGAGUUAAAUAUGUAUAGGAUAUAUUUAUUUGUAUAUAGUGUAUAAUAUGUACUGUUGCCGGCCGGUCAUAGACUGACGUAAUGAAAUUAACAGUGGCAUUGGGUAUUUUUAUUUAUUGACUUAACAAAUACUGUGACGAUAGAAAAUUGUGUAUCAUACUUAAAUCCUAAAUGUCAAAAUCGAAUAGACGAGUAGUACAUGACGGACCAAAUUAGAGGUAUAAAAGCGGCAUAGUUUUAGCGGAAUAAUUUAGUGCAAUAAAAGGCCUAGUGGUGCUGGGCUGGGGUAAGAUCGCGGGCCGGUGGCCUACACUCUACACAAUCUGUAAGAUCCAGGAUACCAAUAACAGCUCGGCAUUUCAAACCAAAACUGGAGCCUCGGGACACUUCCAUAAUUAAAGAUUUGUAGUUGAUACUAAUAUAGUAGUAUUUCAAUGAAAUCAAAGUAAUGAUGUAAGCAGUCAAUGGAACUAUGAAAUGUGUUAUCUUGUACGUGUUUAUUCAUUGCAUGUGUUGACAUGUCCGUGUUGGUGUCUUGUGCCACUAACUGCAUGAAGUGGUUGCCGCUUUAAUUAAAUAAACUUAAACCAAUCUGCUUUCAAUCAACAUGUAAUGAAUAAAAUUAGUUUUCACCACCCCAACUGGUAAAGGUCCUCUGGCUACUUGAAAAUGGAUGAUAAUGUUACAUUUUAUCCACAAGAGUGCAAAGUAAUUGCAUACAAAAUUUAUUCAGUUCACGUAUUAGUGAUGAUUUAUAAUCAUAAAUGUUAAAUAAAUGGAUGGAUUUCAUUUAGUUUGAUGUUUUACAGGUACUAUUUUCAUAGUGUUGGCGUGGUGAAAAAUUUUGUGUUUCACUCGGUGUCAAAAUUUGUUUAACCUGCGU